GAAUCCUAAAGAUUAAGAUAAUCCCAACAAUUUCUUUAUUAUUUCUCCGCGACAGAGAUCCGUCUCUCCAUAUAUUUCUCUACAUAUAAUUGCCUUUCCCACCUUCUUCUUUCGUUUGUCUCUCUCUUUCUUUCCUCAGCAACGGACAAGAACAAAAUAAGAAAAUGGCUAGCAACGAAGACCCUAUUGAAGAAGUAGUUUCUAAUGGAGAUUCAUUUGGAAAAGCGAAGCAGAGCCUCAAAGACCGAUCUAAGAAAGUGGCUCAAACGAAGGAAAUAUUGUCAAAACAAGCGAAUCAAACAAAGGAGAUCCUAUCUAAACAGGCAGUUAAGAUCGCCAAACAAGCCGAGGAACAUGAAAGCUUUAUUAGUAAGGUAACUCAUCUUCUUGGUGUUCUUGGUUUUGGGGGAUUUUGCUUCCUCCUUGGAGCAAGGCCGCAAGAUAUUCCUUAUGUAUACUGUUUGUUUUAUGUUACAUUUGUUCCUCUUCGGUGGAUAUACUAUCGGAUCAAGAAAUGGCAUUAUUAUCUUCUGGAUUUCUGCUAUUACGCUAAUACAAUCUUCUUGGUCGACCUUCUGCUAUACCCAAAGAAUGAAAAGCUUUUUAUGGUGUGCUUCUCAUUUGCUGAGGGGCCAUUAGCAUGGGCAAUUAUUGUUUGGCGUUGUAGCUUGGUUUUUAGUUCUGCUGACAAAAUUGUCAGUGUCCUUAUACAUCUUUUACCUGGUUUAGUUUUCUUUACUAUACGGUGGUGGAAUCCAGCAACCUUUGAAGCUAUGCAUCCUGAAGGAACUUUGCGCAGAACAUCAUGGCCAUAUGUAGUAGAAGACAAGUACUUCCUGUUGACAUGGUUGUUCUUAGUGCCGUUGGUGGCUUAUACCUUGUGGCAAGUUCUCUAUUUUCUGAUUGUCAAUGUCUUACGAAGGCAGAGACUGUUAAGAGAUCCUGAAGUCAUGACUUCUUACAGGGAGCUAUCAAAAAAGGCGCAAAAGGCAAACAAUGUAUGGUGGCGUUUAAGUGGUUUGCUUGGCGAUCAGAAUCGAUUAUUGAUGUACAUUCUGUUGCAAGGAAUAUUUACCGUGGCAACGAUGGCAUUGACAGUCCCAAUCUUCUUAUCUUAUGAGCUGCAUGCGGUUUUCCAAAUACUCAAGGUUUCAGCGGCUGUGUGGAAUGGAGGAAGCUUUCUGGUAGAUGUAGUGCCAAGACAGGUAAUUCUCAAAGAGAAGAAGAAAUCUGAGAUGAAGCCAGCACUAAACCAGCAAGACCAGUCUGCAAACAUGCAACAAGAACAACCUGCAAAUCCGAUAGAGAAUACAAUGAACGUGACACAAUCCAACACGAACCAAUCCACCGAGGUUGACGAGCCCUAACAGUCAACAGAUAUGUCACGAAAAGUAGCUGUUAGUUCUGAAAAGGAUUUUCAGUAGUUCUGUACGUCAUAGGUUUACCCCCUAUAAAAAAAGGGCUACACAAUUGCUUUUCUUUCUUUCCAGUGUAGAAACUAACGUUUUCGAGGGCUACCGUUAAAUUGGCUACAAUCUGUAUAGUGUCGACUGGUUUUGUUCUUGGUUGUGAAAUUGGCGGUUAGAACGAUGUCUUAGUUUGGUUGCUUCCUUUCUGGAAAAAUACCGGUUUCAACAAAUUUAAUAAUAAUUAAAGGAAAAAUUAGUAAUAGAAUAGGAUUAUUUUUCUUUUUC